AUCAUUUUCUCAUCUUGAUGGACAUCAAGUAAUAAUUAAACGUGAAAAAAUAACAUGGCCAGGUGCUCGUAUUAAGAAAAAAGGUGAAGGUCUUCCACAACAUGAUCAAAAUACACUUGUUGGUGAUCUUUAUGUUACAAUUGAUGUUGAUUUUCCAAAAGAUGAACUUAAUGAUGAACAACGUAAAAUCGUACGAACUUUAUUAAAUCAAGAAUCAAAAUAUCAAUUUUAUAAUGGCAUUUAA